CACCACCACUUGGAAGGAAAGGAAAGGAAGAAACUAGCAGACCGUAAAACCCUAGUAGCUUCCCAACCCCAACCCCAACCCCCUCUCCAUCGUCACAAAUAAUCAGCACAUCUUGGAAAAACAUCCUGAAAAAAGGAAAUGGUUCGCAGCAUAAAAAAUCCAAAGAAGGCAAAGAGAAAGAGCAAGAAAGGAGAUGGGUCAUCUUCUUCUUCAUCAAUACCAUCCAUGCCAACGAAGGUUUGGCAACCCGGAGUUGACAACCUUGAAGAAGGUGAAGAACUUGAGUGUGACCCCACCGCUUACAAUUCUCUUCACGCCUUUCACAUUGGCUGGCCCUGCUUAAGUUUUGAUGUUGUACGCGAUUCACUUGGUUUGCUUCGGACUGAUUUUCCACACUCUGUGUACUUUGUUGCUGGGACUCAGGCAGAGAAUCCUGAUUGGAACUCAAUUGGAAUAUUUAAAAUAUCUAAUGUUUCUGGAAAAAGACGUGAAUUGGUGCCCAGUAAAGCUACAGCCGGUGACUCUGACAUGGAUGCAGACAAUAGUGAUAGUGAUAGUGAUGAAGAUAGUGAAGAUGAAGAAGAGGGGGGAUCUGCAGCACCAGUUUUGCAGUUGCGCAAGGUUGCUCAUGGUGGAUGUGUUAAUCGUAUUCGUGCAAUGAUACAAAAUCCCCAUAUAUGUGCUUCUUGGUCAGAUGCUGGUUAUGUACAGAUAUGGAACUUCAGCACUCAUCUGAAUGCUUUGGCAGAGUCAGAAACAGAAGUUCCCCGGGGAGGUUCUUCAGUUUUUAAUCAAGCUCCAUUAUUUAACUUCAAAGGGCAUAAAGAUGAAGGCUAUGCUAUAGAUUGGAGUCCUCGUGUCACUGGAAGGCUGGUAACUGGUGAUUGCAAGAGCUGUAUUCACUUAUGGGAGCCCACAUCUGGUGCAACAUGGAAUGUUGAUGCUACUCCAUUUACUGGACAUACUGCAAGCGUAGAAGAUAUACAAUGGAGUCCUACAGAAGAUCAUGUGUUUGCCUCUUGUUCUGUGGAUGGGCAUAUUGCAAUAUGGGAUGCGCGUCUGGGGAAGUCACCAGCUAUUUCUUUCAAGGCACAUAAUGCAGAUGUGAACGUGCUCUCAUGGAACAGGCUGGCUAGUGUCAUGUUGGCAUCUGGAAGUGAUGAUGGAACAUUUUCUAUUCGUGAUCUUAGAUUGUUAUCACCAAAAUCGGAAGAGGAUAAAUCUUUAGUGGCACAUUUUGAUUACCAUAAACGCCCCAUCACAUCCAUUGAGUGGAGUCCACAUGAAGCCUCCACAUUGGCGGUGUCAUCAUCUGACAAUCAAUUAACAAUAUGGGAUCUUUCUCUGGAAAAGGAUGAGGAAGAGGAAGCAGAGUUCAAAGCUAAAACAAAAGAGCAAGUAAAUGCCCCAGCAGAUCUGCCCCCUCAACUUUUGUUUGUUCACCAGGGACAAAAAGACUUGAAAGAACUUCAUUGGCAUGCUCAGAUUCCGGGGAUGAUCGUGUCUACUGCCUCAGAUGGCUUUAACAUCUUGAUGCCUUCGAACAUACAGAGUACUCUCCCCUCUGAAGGUGCUUGAAAGUAAAUUUUGUCAAAAGAAAUCUGAGUUGGACGAACAGCUUGUGUUUGAAUGGCAUGGAUGUCACAGAGAGUGGUUUGUCUCCUGCUUCUUUGCCCUCUCAAUGUGCUUUCCUUCCACCUUUUAAGGACAGAUUUUAGUUGCUAAACGUUCAAGGUUUCUUCAAAAUGCAAGUGGCUUCAAUUUUGUGUUUUAUUUAUUGCUUAUAAAGUUGUGGGUGAGUUUCACUUUACUAGCCUGGGAAAGAAUAACUGCGUCUUCUAGUAAUUCCCACGAACGGUAUUUGUUUCCCAAAACCAAAUUAAAGAAAGGAGUCAUCAUAUAUUUUUCAGUC